AUCGGUUUCCUCGGUUAUGCACGUUAUGGCAGUGAAGUGCGCGGCAGCAUUACCUUGAACUUGAAGGAAGGCACAAUUUUGGCCGACAUUGCAAAACUGCUGAUAGCCGUUGCCUCGAUUUGUGCUUAUGGUCUGGUAUUUUAUAUUCCAAUAGAUACGCUCUGGAAAAAUAUAAGUCAUAAGUUCAAUGAAAAAAAUCACAACAUUACACAGAUAAUCCUGCGCACUUGUAUUAUAUUAAUUAGUGGUGCGAUAGCUGCUGCUAUACCGAACCUGGAGCCAUUCAUUAGUCUUGUGGGUGCGGUCUUCCUCUCACUAUUGGGUUUUUUUGUGCCCAGCGUUUGUGAAACAGUGCAUUUGUGGCCAGAUCGCUUGGGUUGGUGCAAAUGGAAACUGUACAAGAAUUUACUGUUAAGCUUAUUUGCGAUAUGUGCUCUGGUUGCUGGCGCUGCAGCGAGUAUAAACGAAAUCAUUGAGUCGUACAAGUCAUAAACGGUCCCAAC